AUGGGUGAAUUAUCAUAUCAUAUGCCUGUAUUACUAAAUCCUUUAAUUAAUGCUGUUUUCAAUUGUCCUGAUCCAAUUAAUUCCCCAUUGAGAAAGCUCUUUGAGAGGAUCAAAUAUAAAAAUUUCAUGUUAAUUGUACCUCCAAAUGAAAUUUUAUUGCAUUAUAGAGAUCCUGAAAAGGGCUUGACUUUAAAAGAAUUAUGUUAUGAAUUCGAAUUUGUAGCGUCACAUAUAAUACUUGAUACCGAUAAUAGCAGUAAUAAUUUACAAGUUAAAGGGAAAAAUUCAAAUGAAACUUUGGAUAACAGGUAUAAGAGUUUAAAUAACAACCAACUGCUUAUUAAAAAUAAUAAUAUAAUUCCUUUAGACUUUAAUAACAGUACUCAAAAGAAAAAAUAUAAAAUUAUCGAUAUUAAAAUUUUACCAAAUUUCAAUGAAUAUUUAAGCGGUUCAGAGAAAUAUACCAUAAUAUACACUGACUAUCCAUUUUCAAAUUCAUGGCUACCAAAAAUCGAAAUUGAAUCUUUUUACAUCUCCAAAAAGGAAUCUAAUAACAUUAAAGCUGCACAGAUAACAAACCAUAAAAGUCCAUUAUCUCAAGAUCUGGCUCAAAAGACAAAGUCUUCAUUUCGUCAUAUAAUAAACAUCCAUAAAGAGUGGAACAAUAUAUUCGAUUCCUACAUUAUAGAUUUCAAAAACAAGCAAUUAAAUUUAACAUCUUUACCUAUUUAUUUUAGAGAAAUUGUCGAUAAAGCUUAUCAAAAGAUGAAAUUUGAAGAAAUAUUUUUGUCAUUUCACAAUGAUCUUUACAAUCUAAUAUUUGAAUAUUUGGAAUCGUCCUUUUAUAAUUCGAUUUGGGAUCACAUAGAUAGAAAUAUGAUUGACAAUCAAUUUUUGCAUACUGAAAUGAUGGAUUUCUUAUCAAUUGAUCAAUUAGAAUUGGAAUUAUAUAAUCAGAAUUUUCAAAAAUUUAAUUUAGUGAAUGUGAUCAAAGUAGAAAGAUGUGUAAAAGAUGCUACUGAUCAAUUCAAAAAAAUUAUAGAUUCCAAAUCCCAUUCAGAAAAAUGUCAGAUUUUGAUCGAUGCCUUACAAAAAUUAACGAGCUAUGAUGAUGUCCAUUAUGAACCAUUGAUGGUAGAUGCAGACACAUUAAUGAAUUUAUUCCUAUUGGUUAUUUGUAGGUCUAAGGUACCUUUCUUGAGAAAUCACCUAUAUUAUUUACAGAACUUCUCAACAGAUGAAAAUAAUGUCAAAUUCGGACUUCUAGGCUAUGGUAUAUCUACAUUCGAAGCUACUUUGUGUUACCUUAAAGAUUUUCAAGCUGGUGAAAAAUUUAAUAAACAAGUUUUAAACUGUAUUAGAAACAAAGAAUUAAUAAGCAAAAUCUCAAGCGAGGCUGAUCACAGUACUUUCCAAGUUAAACUUUACAAAGACUGUUUUAAAUUCAGGAAUGAAAUGGGUGAAUCGAUCUUAGCUUUAUGCAUUAAACAUAAAAAAAAUGAGACUUUAUUUGAAAUUUUAUUGAAUUUUGAAGAUAUGUUUCCUUUAGAAGAUAUACUAGAUGAUGAGGAUAUUGAGGGAACAACGCUGUUGAUGAAGGCUUUAAAAGUUGAAAAUGAAGUCGGUGCAAAAUUAAUUGUAGAUGUGUUGCAGUCCUCGUGCUCAGAGGAUGAACUCAUAAAGUACUUUAAUAGAACUGACAACAACCAAAGGAUAGCAGCUCACUAUAUCACAAACCAAAUAGAUGUAUUAAAAAGGAUUGGAUUGUUUUUUAAUUGGAAAAUUAAGGACGAUAAAGGCUAUACUCCUUUAACAACGAUUUGUCGUACUUAUGAUCAGGAAUGCUAUGAACAAAUGAUAGAAACUGCAUUUUUUGAAGCCCAGAAAUGGUAUGAAAAUAGAAAUCAGAAACUUAAUUUCAAAGAUCAUAACGACUCUAAAGAAAAUACCCUACUCCAUAUUCUAAAGUGUGAUAUCCAAGUUUUAUUAAAGUAUGAUAAUAUUAACAUAAAUGCACAUAAUUUAAAAUAUAUCACACCUUUAAUGACAUAUGUUAAAUAUAAUAGAGUGAGUAAUAUUCAGGAAAUUAUCAGAGAUGAGCGAUUAAUUCUGGGAAAAUACCAAAAACAUACGUUUCUAGAUUGUUAUGACUUUGUUAAAAACACAAUUAUAUUCGAAGAUUUGGGGGUUAGAUCAGUUAGAAAUUCGAUGUUCAAUUUGUUUUCAGCCUACAGUUUGAGGGUAGAGAACUCUAAUUGGGUACUAUACUUCACCUUUAAGGAUACAAAUCAAGAUUCAUAUAUCACAAAGAGCGUUAGUCUGAAAAUACUUUUUAACAUUAUAAAAAAGUAUAAUAAAUUAUACCCAUUGCAUUUUAUACCUCAUAAAGAAGUUCUAUUAAGGUUAACAGGAAUUGUAAAGAACAAUCCAAAUAAUGGCAUCCAAAAAUUGAAAAAUAGAGCAUUUCUAAAUUUAAUUUCGAAUUAUUUUGGCACUUUAAUUGAAACUGAUGACUUUGACACCGAAUUAUUCAAAAAUCCAGAAUCACUUACAAAAUGGAUCAAAGCAGGUAAAAGAAAACAUAAAAAGGAAAAUUAUUAUAAAAGGAUGACAUUGGAUGAUAUUAAUAUGAUAAAGUCAUUUGUCCAAUUUAAUAUAAAUGAGUUGGGAAAACUAAAUAGAACUUUGGCAAUUCUAAAAAAGCUUUGUACUUUCUUAGCUUUGAAAAUAAAUGAUGUCAAUGAAUCAUAUAAGCUGUUUCGUAAUUUUGGAGCAUUAUUACAACAAAAAGAUAUUUCUAAUCAGAUGAAAAAAAUUGACGGUCUAAUUAAACCCAAGUACUUCCAAAGUAUUUUUUUAAUUCUUUUAGACCAGAUUUCUUUCCUAGAAAUUUGUACAAUACACAUGUCUGACAAUUUCAAUGACUUAAUAAAAAAUGAUAUACCAGAGUGGCAUAGUGUUCAUUUCAUCCUGUCUAAUUUGAAAAAGCAAUACAAAAGAGAUUUCUCAGAUUUUGACUCUAGAAAUGGACUGAAUGAAAAUAUUUUAAGUAGAUAUACAAAGAACAAAAGAGAGGCUGCUGAAAAAAGAAUAUCUGAGGAAAUUAUUGAAAACACCACAUUAUUCGAUAAGGUAACUGCACAUAUCUGGUACGCACAUGAAAAUUUAGCAGAAGAGUUUAAUAAAUUCUUAACAUUCAAAUCAAGAUUUUUCAAAGAUGUCAUCCUUAAUAUGAUAAUUCCAUCAGCGAUAGCAACACUUAAGGAUCAAGUGUUGAAUAUAGAAAAUAUUCAUAACAAACAAUUUGAAAAUAAUUAA